AUGUUUGAGUGUCUUGUGGCUGAAACAAAUCAAUAUGCAAAACAAAAAAUAGAUUCUCAACAACUCAGUCAAUUCCAGGCUAAUGAAAAGGAAAGAAACACAUAUAGCAGAGAUGAAAUGUUUCUCUGGCAUUAUAAUGUGGAUGGCUUUGUAAAAAUGCCAAAUUUAGCUCGCUACUGGAGCAAGUCGAUGGUUUACUCUAACAAAGUUAGCUCCAUUAUGUCACAUAAUCAGUUUGAAAUACUCCUCAGAUUAUUUCAUCCUUCUAAUAAUGAUACUAGGCUUGAAGGGGGUAGACUCCACAAAGUCCAACAUCUCUUAGACCUGAUAGUACCAAAAUUCAAGGACACAAUUUGUCCUCAAGAGGAAAUUUGCAUUAAUGAGACUAUUAUCCCAUUUAGAAGACAUCUGUCACUUCGUCAAUAUGUACCUGACAAAAGGCAUAGGCAUGGGGUGAAAGUCUUCUGGCUAUACACAGAACCUCAAAGUCUGUGCUGGUAA